UGUACUCUUUUCCCAACAGAUGCACCUCGGUUUGUGGAGAAUUGGUGUGCCCCCCUUGCACUCGGAAGUGUGCGAGGCGUUGCAUACAUAGAGCCUGCAACAAACUGUGUGUUGCAGAGUGUGAUCCAUGCCAGAAACCAUGCCAGUGGUCCUGUGGGCACCACAGAUGCCAGAGCAAGUGCAGUGCCCCCUGUGGGAAGGGCCCCUGCAGUCAGCCGUGCCAGAAGAAGCUCGCCUGUGGCCACGCGUGCGCCGGCUUCUGUGGCGACGCCUGCCCUCCUCUUUGCCCCGAGUGUCACAAGAAGAGGCUGCGGGAGGCCUUUCUGGGGCGCCCUUGGGGCAAGGGGCGCGGGCGAUUCGUCCUCCUGGAAGACUGCGGCCACACAAUCGAUUCUAAAACCAUGGAGAAACACCUUGGAAAACACAAGAACGAGAUCGGGAGUCUGAAUUGUCCGAAAUGCGACCACCCAAUCUUCCACCUCCGCCGUUUCAAGCACGUGAUUCAGGAGGCGCACGAGCGGGUCAAUCAUGUCUUAUAUGUAUACUACAUAUCGAUGCCCUUUAUAGAGCUAAGGGGAUGGAAUCAGUUCAACGAAGAAAUCGCCAUGACGACUCAGAAAUAUAAGCAAGCCAGUAAGAAACUCCAAAACGGUUGGGCGAACCAAUCCAGGACCCUAGUGGAGUUCGGCGAUUUCCUGCUUCGUGGAGCUGCCAAGUUCUUGAAGAUAUGGCGAGUGGUGAAGACUUGCAGCCGAAGUCCGUCCGUGCCUGCUAUAGAGGCCAAGGUGAUGGUCUCCUUGUUUGCAAUAUUGGCGCGCGUUCUCUGCCCUUCAAAUGUCAUCACCCAUCAGCUGGUGGAGGAGGUGCAGAGGGAGUUGCACAGGCUGGAGAAUUACUUGUACCACAGUGUAAUGGAGCAUAAAGGAACAGGUACAGGGAUAAAUGAGGCGGGACCAGGAACUAGGGGAGUAGGAGGAGGGACAGGAACAAUAAGAGGAACAAGAACAAGAAUAAAGGGAGCAGGAACAGAUACGGGAGCGCGAACAAAGGAAGCAGGAACAGGAACAAGAACAGAAAAAGGAACAAAUGAAGGAGGAACAACAUCCGCUCUCCGUGAACUCGCCCGCCUCCUCGACUCGGGAGUGAAGCUCGACAAGGACGCUCAGCUUCGGCUCAGGGAAUUCAUGCAAGGCAAAGGGAAGGCCGAUGUUGAUGUGAGUUUUUCCACGUGGGAAAGGUUCCAGCCUCGAUUUACCUUGAGCGUGUCUCGAGGAAGUUGGUUCCCAUGCCCCCAGGGACACGUUUACUAUUGGGUAGGGGGCGCCGGCGACAGGGGCGAGGGCAAGUGUCCCUUCUGCGAUCCCCUCGGAGCAGCAUUGCACGUUGAUGGCCAAUAAGAGUAUUAUUAUUUAUGUAACAAUGACUAAUAGGUAUUGUUAUAACUGCAACUAAAAGUGGGCAAAGAGGUAGGGAUUACACUUGUUUUUUUUUCAAAUGCUUUUAUCAUGCUUGCCUUUUUUUGUAAAAAGCUACACUACACGGAAGUCAAAGACAAACAUGUUUUUAGUUAGCUUGAUAAGCAAAAGUUACACUGGCAAAACUGUUUGCAUCUUGUGUGUCUAUAACGCAUGUACACGCCUGCAGCAAAUACAAUAUUUUUUUUUGCGGUGAUCACUGUCCGUAAUUAAAGGUAGAAGGCUAAAUUAUGAUUUAAUUGGAGAAGGAGAUGUUAUUCUUUAUGUAUGUCAGUUUUAUCUUAAAAUGUCCUUAUCAUCUAUAAGUAAUUAUUAUAAUCAUUUCAUAAAGGAAUAAACAAAAUUACAAAAUUUCUAAAUUUCUUUAUA